AUGUCAUACCCAAAUCAUAUCAAAGAUGAGGCAGCAAGAAUAAACAUGAAUGUUGAUGAUGAGCAGUUUGCUGCAAAGAUGGACGAAGCAGAUACAUUGAAGGAGUUCAAGGGCGAGUUCUGUUUCCCAAAGGUCAAGGACUGUUGCAUAUCAGAGAAUGGAAAGACGAACGACAGUGAUGUUAUCUACCUCACUGGAAACUCGCUUGGUCUGCAGCCAAAGGCCAUCCAGAGCGAGAUGAUGAACUACUUGUCCGACUGGCGUCAGUUCGCCGUCGAGGGCCAUCACAAGGGCCAGCACCCCUGGUUGACGAUCGACGAGGAGGUCCAAGAGUCACUCUCCAAGAUCGUCGGCUGCAAGCCUGCCGAGUGCUGUCCAAUGAACACACUAUCCGUCAACAUUCACAUGAUGAUGGCCAAGUUCUACAACCCAACUCCCAACCGCUUCAAGAUCGUCAUUGAGGCUGGCGCAUUCCCUUCGGACCUUUACAUCGCAGAGUCACAGGUUAGACACUAUGGCUACAACCCGGCCACUGAUCUUAUCAAGCUUACACCACCAGCUGGCGAAUAUACUUUGACAACAGACUACAUUAAGCAAACUCUUGCUACACAUGGUGAUUCGAUCGCACUUAUAAUGAUCGGUGGCGUUCAGUUCUUCACAGGUCAGCUGUUUGACAUCAAGGAGAUCACCGCCUAUGGUCAUUCAUUGGGCGCAAUUGUCGGUUGGGAUCUGGCACACGCCGCCGGCAACGUGGAGCUGUCACUGCACGACUGGAACGUGGACUUUGCCUGCUGGUGCUCGUACAAGUAUCUCAACUCGGGACCAGGUUGCAUCGGUGGACUAUUCGUGCACGAGCGCCACACCUCUGACUUCCAGGAGAACAACGACCGUCGUCUUUUGGGCUGGUUCGGCAACAAGCUGUCCAACCGCUUCAGGAAGGAGAUGCCCUUCGAGGCCGAGGUCGGCGCACUCGGCUUCCGCUGCUCCAACCCCUCCGUGGCCGACUGCACGUCGCUGCGCACUUCGCUCUCAAUCACCAACCGCGCAUCGAUACCCAAGUUGCGCGCCAAGUCCCUGCUGCUCACCUCGUACCUCGAGCAUCUGUUGCUUACCAAGCUGCCCUCCACACACAAGGUCAGCAUCAUCACGCCAAACGAUCCAGCUCAGCGUGGCGCACAAAUCUCAUUGAACAUUGGUGGCAAGGUUGAGGCUGCCAAGCUCAAGAACGCCCUGUUGGAUGCCGGCGUCGUCUGUGAUGUUCGCGAGCCCAAUGUACUCAGAGUUGCACCUGCUCCACUCUACGUCAGCUUCACCGAUGUCAAGCGUUUCGUUGACAUCCUCGUUCAAUCACUUCAAUCAACAAACUAA